GUUUAGAGGUCACUGCUACCGCUGCAAACACUUGUUUUGGCUUUUCAUCUUUCAUUCGUUUCCAAUUCCAAAAUGAACGUCAACAUGAAAACUGAACUCAAUCUUCAUCUUCUCCUAAAACCCUAAACCCCCAAUUCUUCAACAUAUUCCGCAUUGUAGAAAAACCAACCCUAGAACCCCAAACCAUCUACAAGAACGAAAAAUGGCCAUGCUUCCCCUCACAAACCCCAACGAGUUACUCUCUUCCUCCUUCAUCCCCACUUCAAUUUUCAGAAGCAGCGUUUCUCCGAACCCUAGAAAAAGAACAAGCGCCUCCCAACCCCUGCGACGUCAUUUCGAGUCCGUGACCUGCUCCUUCUCGUCACUUGACAGCGCAAAGAUUAAGGUUGUCGGUGUCGGUGGCGGUGGCAACAAUGCUGUGAACCGCAUGAUUGGUUGCGGAUUACACGGUGUAGAAUUUUAUGCUAUAAAUACCGAUGCUCAAGCACUGUUGCAUUCUGCUGCUGAGAACCCUAUCAAAAUUGGAGAACAGCUAACUCGUGGAUUAGGUACUGGUGGGAAUCCACUUUUGGGGGAACAAGCUGCUGAGGAAUCACAAGAAGCUAUUGCUAAUGCUCUUCGUGGCUCAGAUUUAGUGUUUGUAACUGCUGGCAUGGGUGGGGGCACCGGGUCUGGUGCUGCCCCUGUUGUAGCUCGAAUAUCAAAAGAGGCAGGUUACUUGACUGUAGGUGUUGUUACCUAUCCGUUCAGCUUUGAGGGACGGAAAAGAUCCUUGCAGGCUCUGGAAGCCAUUGAAAAACUGCAGAAAAAUGUGGAUACUCUCAUAGUGAUUCCGAAUGACCGUCUGCUUGACAUGGCUGAUGAGCAGACACCUCUUCAGGAUGCUUUCCGUCUUGCCGAUGAUGUUCUACGACAAGGAGUACAAGGAAUAUCAGACAUCAUAACAAUACCUGGGCUUGUAAAUGUGGAUUUUGCUGAUGUAAAAGCUGUGAUGAAAGACUCUGGAACUGCAAUGCUUGGUGUGGGUGUUUCCUCCAGUAAAAACCGUGCAGAAGAAGCUGCAGAACAGGCUACAUUGGCUCCUUUAAUUGGAUCAUCUAUUCAAUCAGCUACAGGUGUAGUAUAUAAUAUUACUGGUGGAAAAGACAUAACUUUGCAGGAAGUGAAUAGAGUGUCUCAGGUGGUGACGAGUUUAGCUGAUCCAUCUGCCAAUAUUAUUUUUGGGGCUGUCGUUGAUGAUCGCUACAAUGGGGAGAUUCAUGUGACAAUCAUCGCCACCGGCUUCUCACAGUCGUUCCAAAAGACACUACUAACAGAUCCAAGGGCAGCGAAGCUACUUGACAGAGUCCCUGGAGGCCAAGAAAGUAACACAACAUCGCCACCCCUCAAGUCCUCAAACUUUCCAUCCACAGUUGCAUCUCGAGGACCUCCACGAAAGCUCUUCUUUUAGUUGCUUAGUUCUUUUACCCUUCUUUUUUGGUUGUAGUAUUCAGCUGUAUGAAGCUUAAUUAUGGUAUCAUUCUGGUGAUGAUCUCUUUUCUUGAAUUCGGAGACUGUUUUUGCAAACUUUUUUUUUCCCCUUCAAGUACAUGACCAAGGAUUGUAGUGUAA